AUGUUUUUUCUUUCAUUUUUACUUUCAAUAAGGAAUCCAUACCAUACACAGCUAGCUGAUUUAAGUAAUAUAUCAGUGGAGUUACCAGAAUAUUAUAAUUUCCUCGAAGAAUAUCCGGAAUGUGAUUUUGGUCCGCUUAUCCAACACUGUGGAUGUUGUUAUGUAUACUCGGCAUUAAAGUCAUUAGCUCAUCGUUAUUGUCGUGCAUUACGCAGAAGAAUUCAAUUUUCGGCCCAAUAUAUAAUUUCAUGCGAUUUAUUUAAUUUAGGCUGUAAUGGAGGCAACGAAAAAGCAGUUUUUUACUACUUAGAGCAACAUGGUGUACCAGAAUUAGAGUGUCAACCUUGGAGAGGAAUCCGAGGUUAUAAUCAAGAAGUUUGCAAGAAAUGCGUGAACGGCAAAGCAAUAAAUCUUUAUUAUGCCAAAAAACGAAGCACAAAGCACUACGUCGGAAUUGAAAAUAUCAAAAAAGCAAUUUACUUAGAAGGGCCACUCAGUGCCUCUAUUGUUAGCGACUACAAAUUUAUUUGGUACAAAGAUGGCCUGUAUACUUCUACAAUUGACAGUUCAACUUACGAUGAUCAAUCAAAUCAUACAAUAGAAGUCCAUGGAUGGGGAAAAUUUGAUAAUGGAACUGAAUAUUGGAUAGUCCAAAAUGCUUUUGGACCAAUUUGGGGUCAAAACGGUUUAAUGAAGCUUAAAAUGGGUACAAAUGAAGGGUAUUCAGAGACAUAUAUGCUUGGUGCACAACCAGACUUAUAA